AUUAACAUAUUUAACAAUAUUUAUUAAAAUAUAAAAUAAUUAACUUUAAUGCAUAAUUUAUAAUUUAAUAUUAUUUGAAAUUUUAAAAAACUCAAAUUAAAAACAUGUGUUAGAUAUACAUGUGUAAUGUGCGUGGUUAUAAUGUAUGAGAAAUUCUAUCAUAUUCAAGACAUUUGCUUAAUCUUCUAAAAGGUCUCAUUAUUAUUUUUAAUUACAACUAAAUUUAACAAAAUAGCCAUUAAAGUGAAGGACAUAUCUUAAAGAUUAGAUUAAGUGAAAAUUUAGUUGUAUUAAAUAAAUCAAAUUUUAAGACAUUAACUAAUAUAUAAGUACACAAUUUUGUUUAGUAAUCUUAUUUUAUAUCUACAAUGUAUGGUUAAUUUAAUAAGGGGAUAAAUUAGUUUUUCAACAUUAUAAAAAAAUAAAACAUCUUAUAUUCUGUUCUUCUAUGAGUCCCAAAAGGAAGUGCUCCUCAUCCUUAAAAAUACACCCCAUAUUUUGUUAAAAAUAUUCCUCAAUCACAAAUGCUUGUUUUGUACUAGGUGAAGACAUUAGAAGAGAAAUCUAUUUUUAGGUGGAUAGUAUAAGAUUCAUGGUAGCUUAGAUUGAUAAAAAUCUAUGUGUUUUUAGAAAGAGAAAUAAGAACAUUAUCCAUGUCUGUGGACUUUGGAAUGUGAGGCAGUGAUAUUUUUAUGAGCAUCUAGUGAAUAUAGUCGAUAAAGUAUUAUUAAUGUCAUCUAUUUUAUUUAUUUAUUUAAUUGAGACUUAUAAUCUCAAAAAUUAUAGUUAAAUUUUCAAAAUGCUUUUCUCAAUCAUCUUACAUUAGAAACAUAUUUUAGGUAAUCCUUCAUACUUUAAUACUCAAUUCAGGUGCUCUUUAAUGAAUAAAUUGUGGCAUCAUAUGUAAUGGUAUUGAAUAAGUCAAUCAAAGCACCCUAAGAAAACCUAUGGUUUUGAUCUACCAAUCCAUCUUUAGUGAAAGAUCAUACCAAAAUAAUCAUUUCGAUCUUUUUGAGAUGAUUAUAUUAGCAAAAUCAAAUUUAAAGAUUUCCAUAGGAUCAUGAAGAGACCAAAUUUAUUGUAAAACCAUAUGAUAUUCUUUUUCACAAGCAUGUAACAUUCAUUCAAAAGGAGAAUCCAUAGAAGGAGAAUCCAAAUUAAUCUAGAUUAAUUUGGUCCACACCACAAAAUCAUCCAUUAGAAAGUACUUCUCUAGACAAACCAUAUUUUAUAACCAAUAUUUUUUGAUAUUAUGUUGAUGCUAUCAUAUAAAGCAUGAAAAUCAAGGGUUUUGUGGCCAUAGUCACUAUCAUAUCACACAAAGAAAAAUCUAGGUUUUUAGCUAGCAAUAGUAGAGGAUAAGGUAGAUUUUUGUUUAAAAUAAAAUUCACUAUGAUUAUUCAUACAUUCAAGUCAUGUCAUUUAACAAAUAGUUAUUUUCAAACAUUAGAAAAAGAGAUUAAUUUCUUUUAUAUAAAAAACAAUUUUACUAAAUUCUUACAUUCCCUUUAACUUUUAGGGUAUGAUGUUACAGAUUAUCAAAUUGUCUAAAUAUACUUAUUUUUGUCUAGGAUUGGAAGGGAAAUUAAAACCUUUUCUUUAAGGUUGUUCUUUUUGCUCACAAAACCAUUGUAUUUGACUUAUGUUCUUUAUUUUCCUUUUACUAUAUUGUUUCUACCCAUUUUUAUCUAUAUUGAACUAAUCUACUGAACAUUUUUGCACUCAAUUAAUAUCAUCAUAUUUUCUUUCACUCAUUCUCACUUCAAAUCUUAUAUUAUUAAUUAUUGUAUUUAUUUUUAUUUUAAAAUAUUUAUUAUUAAUAAUAAUAAACAUUGAAAAUUUAAUAGAAAUUAUUAAAAUAUAUAUUAAUUAAAAUUUCAUAUAUAUAUAUAUAUAUAUAUAUAUUUUAAAUACAUUCAUAUUUUAGAUAUAAUUUACAUUCAAUAAAAAAUACAAAUUUGAAUCUUUUAAUAGUUAGUUAUAAUGAAUAAAUUUGAAUUACUAAAAAUUUAAUUGAUAUUAAUUUAAUAUGAAAGAUCUAAAUUAUAUAUUUUAUCUAAAUUAAUGUUUAGAAAAAUUAACAUUUAAAUAUAGAUAUAUUUAUGUUUUAAGUAUUUUUUAUUUAAUAAUAAUAUACGUGAGUUUAUAAACUUAAUAGUUUAUAACAUAAAUUAUAUUUAAGUAUAGAAAUAUUCAAUUAUUAAAAAGAUAUGAUUUAAUGCCACAAACUAUGUAUUUAUAAAUUAAUAUUUUAAAUAUAAUUUGACAUGGAAAAAAAUUAUGUUAUAUACAUGUUCAUAUAAUAUCAAAAGUAAAAGUUGGGGUUUAGAACACUAAUUAUUAGGUUAAAACAUAGAGUUGAAGAAGAGAAUGAGAUAAACAAGAAAAUUUGAUUACAAAUUAAAUUAAUUUAAUUUUGAAAGGGUGAUUAGUCUUACCAUCACUUGAACAACAUCAAGGUGCAAAAGUCUUUAAUUGUAUGAUGGUUUUCUUUCUUAUAAUUUAAUGAGAGUUGUGGUUUAAAUGAAUGAUAGUUGCUUCUAGCUAGGUUAUAAGUUUGAAAUUUAAAUGUCAAGAAGGAAGUGAGAUAACCAAAAAAAAAAUAGAGUACAACUUAAUUAUUUGCUAAUAUUUAAUAGUCUACUUUUAUCUUACAUGACUUGGAAUCCAAUUUUUGAUUAACAUCAAGUAAACUUUAUGCAUAACAACAAAAACAUUCAUAUAUAAACAUAUUUGUUAAUAUUUUUGUUAUGAAAAAUUAAUACCAAAACUAAUAAUUUAACAAAGAUAUAUGACAACAUAACAAAAUCGAUAUAUAUUAGAAAUGAUCUUAGUACUAUUAUAAUAGGUGAUUAGUUGGCUUCUCAUCUUCUCUUCAACUAAAAGGAAAAUAAAAAUAAUAAAAAAAUUCCUCAAUUCUAAAAUGCUGUGAACAUCUAACGUGCUCUGUACUUGUCGUCGAAAUAGAUUAAUUUUGUAUGACCUAACAUCGAAUAAGCACGUGACGACACAAGCAAAAAAAAAUGAAUACAUUUCAAAGUAAAUAAUAGGAAAAAGACAAGGAAACCCAGAGUGCAGUGUCCUUAAAAAAUUGCAGGGACCAGCUAUGACAUGCCGUAUAAACACAAAUGGAAAGGACUAGCAGAGUAGAAAAAUAUAGAGGCACCUUUUUUCAAGUUGUGCAGAUGGGAAAAAGACUCUUAGUUAAGUGCGUGCGAAAGAAGAGCAGCUACCUUUCCAUCCAUUCCAUGGGCAGGAGUAGGACAAUGUGUCUUGUUUCUCACCAAAACUUCAAAUUCCUUCCUUAAUGAAGGGUAGUUGAACUUGAGCUUCCUCCUCUUAGAAUGGCCGCUAACAGUUUGCCCAACGCCUCUUCUUCCUCCUGCUUAUUAAUUAUACUCCUCAAAAUCUGCCCACCCAAAUAAUGCAUAUAAAUUCUUGUCCUCAUUCCCUUAAAUGCAUAUAAAGUGUAAACCUCCCACUAGAGCAACUAAGUAUAGAAGAAUUGUAAAGUGCUCAAUUUCUCCUCCAAGUUAAGAAAGAAUUACAGUGAUGGGGAGAAGACCAGGGUCCUCUCAACCAGAGGAUUUCAACAGAGGGGCCUGGACUGCACAGGAAGACAAGAUAUUGGCUGACUAUAUUCGCACUCAUGGCGAGAUUGGAUGGAGAGCUCUUCCCAAAAAAGCAGGUUUGAAUCGAUGUGGGAAGAGUUGCAGACUACGGUGGCUCAAUUAUCUUCGUCCUGAUAUAAAACGUGGCAACAUUUCUCCUGACGAGGAAGAACUCAUUAUUAGAAUGCAUCGACUGCUUGGCAAUCGAUGGGCACUCAUUGCUGGGCGGCUGCCUGGAAGAACGGAUAACGAGAUAAAGAACUACUGGAAUACUCAUUUGAGCAAAAAGCUUUCAAUGAGUAAUAACAAAUCCAUUAUUUCUAAAACCCAUUUGCCAGUCCAAGAAUCUACUAGUUUUGAAGCUACUGAAAAGUACAGUCUUCCUUCACUGAAUUCCAGUGAAGAUGAUGGAGAUAAAGCUUCUGAGUUAAGAAGCUCUUCUGAUGAGUCAAUGAGUUUUGGUGAGGGAGAAGCAUUGAAUGUGUCCAAAUCAUGGGCACAACUAUUAGAGGACUCUCUCAUGGCUGAUCUUGAAGAUGAGAGCAGUAUUCCAUCACCCAAUUUGAGUGUUUCAUGUCCUCUAGAGUACACCAGUCCCAUUUCCUUGCCUUGCAUUGAUUUCGGGGCGGUUGAGGAUUUCUCUGUAGAGAGUCUCCUCCAACCAGAGGCUUAUGGUUUAGAAGAUCUUUGUCCACUUCAGGAUAAUGCCUCUGAUGAUGUUAAUCAUGCUGAUUGCUUAGCAGUGAGUUCUGAGCCAGGAAUUUCAGAAAUUUAUGACACUCUACAGUCAGAACAAGGAGGGCAGAUGGAAUUAGCUUCUCUAGAUCAGCUUUUCUACUAUGAGGAAAAUUGGAAGGAUUCGGUGGACCUGAUUAGCUUUGGUAAAACUGCUGAAGAAGAAUAUCUAAACAUUCUGGCCGAUAUUCCUAUUUAGAAAAAAUAUUGCCCAGUAUUUAAUUUGUAUAUUCUAUUAUUUUCUUUCUUGCAUUUGUAAAUUCUAUUAUUUUCUUUCCCACAUUCCAAAGAAUCAAUUGAGGAAUGAUAUGUGUUCAUUCAUGUAGAGUCAUUUCAUGAAACUGAACCAGAAUUCAGAACAGAUCUUUCUCCUUUAACAAAUUUAAGCACCUAAUCAGAGCCCAAACUAUUUCUCAGAUAUUACAGCCUCUUUAAGAUUGGCUUGGAACUCA